AUUUCAAAUUUUGUUGUGUUCAAAUACAUUGCACUAAGAAAGGUGUUAGAAGUAUGGGUGUUACGUGUGUAUGUCAGUGGCCAGUACCAGAUAAUAAAAGCGUACAGCAAGUUGUUGAUAUGAUUGCCAAAAGAGUGGAACUUCUGGGCAGUAAUAAAAGUGGAACAUUCUGUGUGGACUGUGAGACUUACCAAUCAUCCCCUAUGAUGAUGCUACAGAAAACAGUACAUAUAAUUCACAAUUCAGAACAACCGAUGACAUCAUAUGCAGUCAUGGAAGGUCCAGGAAGUGCAGCCAACUGUUUGGUAGCUGAUACUAUGUUUGAUCAAAUAAUGCAAAGACUUAAGGGGUUUUACAUGCCAAAAAAAACACCCAAAGUGGAAUCUAAAGGACAGCAUUAUGAGCUUGGUGAUUUUAACGUGAAAAUUGGAACAGUGACAUUAGGUGGACAUGCCAAAGGUAUUCUACUGGAGAUUGAGUACACACCCUGUGUUGUUGUCUUAGAUUGCUGGAAUCUUCUGACAGAAUUCAUGCAAGGAUUCAUGGCAUCUCAUACACCGUCUUUACCCAGUUACCUUGCCAACAGACAAGAUGCAAACUACACACCCAUGGAUACAAUUAUGCAAUAUUUAGACCAUUUCAAUACAUUCACAGGCAGAAAAGUUGUACAGCAGCCAGCAAGAUAGUCACACAUUUUACUGGAUUUGUAUUUUUCGUUAUUUAUUACAAUAAAAAAACAUUGUUUUUUAAUAAAAUACAAAUAAGCUUGCUGG